AGCUGGAGAUGGCAGAGUCUUCUGAUAUCGAGAUUUGUCGAAAAGUCAUAGUUAAGAAUUAUGUUGCACUCAAGAAGUAUUUGCAUCCUGAUCCUAUUAUUGAUUGUGAGAAAGACUUUGAAUUACUCACCGUUACAGACAGAAAAAAUAUCCAGGAUAAGGAUCCAACUGAUAAGAAUGAAACGAUAUUGAGAAAAGUUAUAUCCAAAGGUGCUAAAGGUUACACAGAGUUUAAGGAGUGUCUUAAAAAGACUUGGCAAACUGAAUUAUUAGAGCUGAUUGUUUGUGCAGAGAAUGGACAGGACACCAAAGAGAUAGAGAGUCUGCUUGAAGAAACUGCAGUGUUAUGUCCAGAGUAUAUCAAACACAGAGGUGAACUUCAAGGUGACCUGAUUAAAUUCUACAGAAGAAGGUGUAGUUCAAUACCUCUCUCACCACUUCUUGAAGAAAUAGAGACACCUCUAGCUGGGUUCUAUGUGAUGCUAGAUAUAGUCGACGUAGAAAGGAAGUCCCAAACUUGUCAUGAAGAGGAGAGAACACCUAUCAAUUCUUUGAAAGACAUGUUUUCAACCGGAAGUGAAGAUCAACAAGAAAUUUAUCUAUCAGCUGAUGCAGGUUUUGGAAAAACCGCUUUCUCAAAAUAUCUUGCAAUAACGUGGUGUCAAGCUCAUUGUCAUGAUGAAACUUACGCCUGUUUUAAGGAUGAGGAGUUAAAGACGUUAUUUGAAUUUAAGUUCUUAUUUUUGGUUUUAUUAAGAGACUGUACCUCUGUUUGUAGCAUUGGCGAUAUGAUUGAACAGCAAAUCACUAAGGAACUACCUUCUUCUGCACCAAUACAUGAAGUUUUAAGUAGAGAAAAAUGCUUGAUUAUAUUGGACGGUCUUGAUGAAUGGACUCAUCCUGAUAACAGCUGUAGCGAAGUAACAGAAAACAUCCCACAUCGGUACGUACGUGAUAAUUGUGCUAUCCUAACGACAACCCGACCGUGGAAGCUUGGUGUUUCAAAUCUCAAAAGAAGUCAAAUAAACAAAAAAGUAGAAUUGGUUCACUUAAGUGCAGAUUCUACACGGAAACUUGAAGAAAAUGCUAUAAGAAAAGUGACAGGUGUCCAUAACGAUAGAGAAUUAAAGACUCAAACACAGGACUUUGAUAUGGUGAUACGUGACCGUGGCCUAGAACACAUGCAGGAGAUUCCACUCCUCCUCAUGGAUAUAGUUUGCCUAUGGUGUAACAACAUUCCAAUAGGAAAUUCAAAACAUGAAAUUUACACCAAUAUCAUUGAAUUUCUAUUAUCGAGAACAUCAAAGAAACACCCGGCAGCCCAACCAUCUCGUAAAUCGUCUGCCAGUGAAAUUCCAGAAUACUUGAAAAGUCAUGAAUUUUGUAAAAGGUUUUAUAGUACAGAACGUUACUUUGAGGAAUG